AUGCCGGGCCGCGGCAAGGGAGGAAAGGGGCUGGGCAAGGGCGACGCGAAGCGCCACCGUAAGGUGUUGCGAGACAACAUCCAGGGCAUCACCAAGCCGGCCAUCCGGCGGCUGGCGCACAGGGGCGGCUUGAAGCGCAUCUCCGGGCUCAUCUACGAGGAGACCCGCGGCGUUCUCAAGAUCUUCCUCGAGAACAUCAUCCGUGACGCCAUCACCUACACCGAGCACGCCCGCCGCAAGACCGUCACCGCCAUGGACGUCGUCUACACCGAGCACGCCCGCCGCAAGACCGUCACCGCCAUGGACGUCGUCCACGCGCUCAAGCGGCAGGGAUGCACCCUCUACGGAUUCGGCGGCUAG